AUGGCUAUGCUGAAAGGCGAGUACAGCCCGCCGCGUCCACCCGCAACUGUUUCUUACGCGUUCGAGAAGGAGCUUAUAAAUCGCCAGAAUCGAUACAUUCGGCUGUACGAUAGCUUUCUGCCCAACUUAAAGCGCGUGCCGAUAGCGAUCAAGUUCUGGUCGAAGUACGACUCGACCACGGCUGGGCGCAGCGGGUUGGCUAACUUCGACCGCUACUGUGCGCUCAUUGAGAAAACGAUCGCCGAAGGGCCUCAAGAGCGUUACCCUGAGCCUAUUACUGAAAGCCAAUGCUACGGCUGGUACUUCCAGCCGUUUUAUCGCUACGAAGGGCGCGACAUUCACCUGCUGUACCAUCCGAAGAAACGCUCACAAAUCACGAUAGUGGGUGAAAAGAUCAAUGCGGACCGUAUCACGCAGCGUCCACGCUUCACCGGUGUCCCGUUCAAACUGACAUCUUAG